AUGAGCAAUAUCACGGGUGUGCUGAGGGGUGGAUGGCAUCCUAAGGGCAAAGAUGGAGGAAGGGAGAGUUGGAGAGGCGACUUCAAGGGUGUCAACCAGGUGGCUGGCUUGAUUGGGAAAGGGAAGAACACAAGCACCCGAAGUGGUAGCAGUGGAGGCUCAGAUCACAUUUCUCGACCUCUAGCAGCCUUGAAAGACCCGGCAGCUUUCGGUCCUCCACCGAAGAACGUCAAUUUUCACGGCGGAGCAGCUCUACCGAAUCAAACUACUCCGGACAGACGAGGCCUAGGGGCACCUCUGCCUCAACCAGUCGUUGAGUCUGCAGAAAGAGCGGUGCGUGUAGGAGGAGAGCUGGAAGCAGGGCCGGAUGUGAAGCCUACCGGUCCGCGUCUGCCAUAUAGAGCCAAUCGAACAGGCUUGAAGACCGACCAUCUACCUCCUCCGCCUCUACACCGAGCCGCCAACGCCGACAGCGGAACUGCGCAAGAAACAGGCAUUGCUCAGGCUCCAGCCACACAGAAGCCAUCUCUCCCACCCAGACUACCUCCGAGAAGUAAUUGCUCGGGUCUGACAUCGUCUGUUGCCAACAUCUCUCCGCCUCCCACAUAUGACUCUGCCGUUAACGAACCCAAGCCUGCUGUAAAUAGCUACAUCAACCAAGAAGCCGCAAGCGGACUUGGUAAAGCCGGUAUCUCAGUACCAGGCCUCGGCAUAGAUCAGAACCAGAGGACAAUCCCGGCGGAGGAGAAUCACUCCGCAUCCUCUCCUCCACCCCAAUUCAACGAGCUUUCAUCCCGCUUCUCCCGCCUGAACAGGACAUCAACCACACCCCAACCCUCCUCCUCUCCAUCCAGCCCAGCCCAAGGCACAACCCUCGCGCAAAAGCAAUCCGCAAUCCAAACCGCGCAGUCCUUCCACAAAGACCCUACCUCCAUCUCCGCCACCGACGCCCAGACCGCCGCAAACACAGCAAACAACUUCCGUGAGCGCCAUCAAGAGCACAUCGCAGCCGGAGCACAAAAAGCCAAGUCCCUGAACAAGAAAUACAACAUCACAGGCCGGAUGAACAGUUUCCUGGAACAGCAGUCCGCGCCUGCACAGCAACAGCCACAACAGCAGCAGCCACAACCAGCGCCACAAGCGGCAGCACAGGUGCCUAGUUCGAUUCCAACCACACCAGAUCUAACCAACAGGAAAGCGCCGCCUCCACCACCGCCGAAAAAGCCUAACACCAUGCAUGGACAGCUCAUGGGUGUGGGUGGUGGGCAGGCACCUCCGCCCGUCCCGCUCGGGACGAAACCGAGUCUUGGAUAG